AUUUUAAUACCUUCAAUGUUGAUCUUCGAUGGUUGAUCUUUUUAUCAGUUUGCAGGUUAUCAGUUAUUAUUUAAGGUAAAUUAAUGUACAAAUAUUUAUUUAAAAUAUAAAUGGCUCUGCCCGAAAACGAAACUGCUGCCUUUGAGUUAUCAAUUGCAAAAUUGAAGAACGAAUUAGAGUUAGCCAAAGAGGAAAAUAAUGCACUCAAAUCAGAAUUAAUGUCCCAGAAAAUACAGGCACAUGAAUUUGAAUGUGCCUUGAAAGAAAACACAAAACUACUUAACAAACUAAAAAAUAAGAACGCGAUGAAAGAAGAAUUCUAUACAAACAUGGAAAAACAAGCCACCAAAACAGAAAUUGAGCAUAAAGCAUUGAAACACAAUUUUAAAAUAACAGUAAUGUUUAAUUAUUCAUUAUUUCAAUUAAACUUCUAUUAAAUUACCAUUCACACUUUAUAGAAUAUCACCAAUGAGAAAUUAAAGAGUAUGAUUCAAACAAUUGAGACAGAAAAGAGUGAAUUGAAAACAGAAAUCACUUCACUCAAGUCACAAUUAGCAAAAUAUCAACAAUUCAAACAGGAACUGAUUGAAGGCAAUAAUUCUCUAGAAGAAUCAAUUUCUAGCAUUAAAAACUCGCUAAAUGAUUUGAAACAUGAUAAAGAAACAUUGUCACAGUUAAACUCUGAAAUACCUGAACCUGAAACACUAAAUAGUGAAAAUGUAGUGUUAAGAACUUUAUUAGAGAAGUCAUAUGAAGAGAAAAAUUUACUUCAAGAGGAGAGUUGUUAUUACAAAGCCCUAAGUCAUCAACUUCAGACUUAUUUAAAUGAUAAUGCCUCAAACCAAAACGAAAAAUAUUUCUAUGAAAAGGUUUUCUUAAUAAAUUUUAUAGAUAAACAGUUAAUGCAAUUCAAUUUCAGUGGAAAAAUAAUUAUGAAAGAUCAAAAGAAAUAAUUGAAGAACUAAUAACUCAGAACAAGUUACUUGAAGAAGCAGCAAGAGCAAAUAAUUAAAAUUUUAACUUCAGAUUAGAAUUAAUAUUAUUUUAUUAUUCAUUUAGUUUUAAGUAAAAAUUAACAAUGAGCGAUGAAGAAAACAUGGCGGACGUUGUGGAUGACUUCAAUCCGGAGUCAGACAACAGCGACACUGAAGAAUUAACAGCUGCAGAAGUUAUAAAACUCAUGGAAGAAGCCUGGACAAAUGAAAAGUUCGCCCCUGAGAUAUUACCGCAUAAGAUUGAAAUCGUUGAGUGUUUGCUAGGUCAAAUCACCUCAAUGGAAGAAAAUCUAGAAAGUUUAGAAUCAACUGAUUUUACUAAAUCAUUAUAUCAAAUGGAAGUAGAUCGUUUGCGAUACUUGGUAAGCAGUUACCUUCGACACCGACUGGAAAAGAUUGAAAUUGGCUGUUCAGGAAUAUUAAAAGACGAAGAAACGCGUAUGGAGCAAGAAAAAGAUUUGUACUUAACACAAAGCGAACUACAAUUUGCUAAAGAAUGCAAACAAGCAUUUGAAGAACACAUUGAAAACGUCUUGAAAUUCUGGCCUGGAUUGCCGCCGGAUGAAUGGAAAAAAGAACAGAUCAAUCCGAACAUGUACAGUUUUGUGUUUCUCAAGUCCAAGGCCGAGAUAGAAGGCAUUGUUAUCGAUGACGGCAACGAAGAGGAAGGUGACUUGGUCGAUUUCAAACCCGGCUCGCAAAUGAUUAUCAGCUACAAUAGUGUCGCGAACUUGGUAAAGAAAGGUGAUGUGAUGUUAAUCUAAGAGUUAAACACUUUGGUUUUGUUGAACAUACAAAAAUAUAAGUAAAUAUCAAACAUUUCAACAGUAAUAAAACUAUUUUGUAACUUAA